UAUUCACAGUCCAGUGUCCCGAUGCUCUUGUACUUCAAAUUCUUAACGUUGCAUAACGUUUCUAUGUUAAAUGAAGUUAAGUUAUGAACGUUUUGUCUGAAUAGUCGUUGGCAACCAGUUUUACACAGGAAAGCUUACCCCGAGCAGCUAGCCGAUACGCUAGCUUUAGCCCAGCAUUAUCAAACUCAUUUCUAACCAGCUGAUUUGCUGAGUUUUGAACCCCAACAUUUUCUUACCGUUUUUAAAUGUAACUGUUCGAGAUCUGAGCGGUAGAAACACGACUUUCUUCAGCAAAGGAAGCCAUGGAUCCCUCUCUUCCUCUCUCCUCCCUGCGCCUUUUGGUUCCCCCUCUACGACUGUUCUCUGCAGCCAUGUGGCAAGUGGUGCAGCAGCGAGACAUAAUGCAUUAUGGGAAAUUGGAGGAGUUUGUGACUUUGGUGACAGAGGCAGUCCCAGAGCUGCUGAGUUACAGACAGAGGAACCAGCUGAUUCUGGCACUGCGAGCGAGGAGCUCUGAUGUGAAGGUGGAGGUGUCAGAAGCUGAUUUUGUGGAGCUGGUCCAAACCCUGCUGAAAGACCCAGCUGAGAGAGAGCACUUCCUCCAGCUGGGUCCCAGUUAUGACUCAGCUCUGCAGAUGCUGGUGUGGGAGUUCCUCUUCAGACUGGAGAAGCUGCUGCCAGUACCAGACCUCAAACAGAUUCUGUCAUGGCUCAGUGCUGCCCCCUCUGUCCUGGAGGAGUGUGUGCAGUCUGUCUCUGACCCACAGCAGCUUAAGGUCCUACUCCAGCACCACAGAUGUCUUAGACACCUGGACAGGAAUGCAGCUCUGCCUUCCAUGGAUCCAUAUAACCUUUCCUCUCUGCCCCCCCCUCAUUUUAUAAAAAUGGUGGAUUCUGUGGAGCAGAUUCAGUCUAAAAGCCAAUCAGACUCCUUGCUUGACUCAAAGAACUUUUUAAAUCCUGGUUCAUUGGGUGAAGAACUGAAGACAGAGUCUGUGAUGGACAUCAGAGAUUACACAGGGGUGGAGCUGAGAUCAGGUCUGAACAGAAGUGAAGACAUAGAGGAGAGGAUGGAGAGGAAGACUGGAUAUGGGAUGAGCAGGGAGGAGAUAGACAUACUAUCCAACAUAAAGGAGGAGGAAGAGGAAGGUGGGGACAGGCAGAGUGAAGAGAUGGAGAAGGAGGAUGAUGUGAGAGAUGAAGAUGACAAAGUACUCUGGAGGGAGGGGCAAAAAGAGAGGGAUGAAUUGAGAGAUGAAACUGAUCAAACCACCCAAACUGACAAAGAGCUAAAGAGUGAGGGGAAGCCAGACUGCGGGCAGGAGGAGGGGGAGGGCCUGUCACUGCAGGUCACUUCCUGUUUGCUCAAACAGCCUAGAGUGCUGAUUCGCCGACUUGACAUCACAGAGAUGUCAGUUCCUGUAUCAUCUCCCCCUCAUAUCAUGGCCAAUAAUGGGGACCAGGGAGCGAGAUCUCCAUGGAGAGGAGACAAGCUGUCGCCAGUGACGGAAGACAGGUCACUCGGCCAGCAGGGACAGGUCAUGGUGCAGAGGAAGAAGAUGAUUUACAGUUUGAAGAAACAACCUCCAGAGUCAUCAGAGACAGAGAAAGGAAAUACAGGGCAGACAGCUGAGGUGGCAUCUCAGGUCUUUGCCUGCUCCCAGUGCCCAUUCACUCACAUGGAAGAAGUGAACCUUCACCAGCACAUUGACAAAGUUCACCCAGUGGAGUACAGCAGGAUUCUGGGAUCUAGAGGAAAUGGAGCAGAGAACCCACUGCCUCCCAGCAGCACCCCUCAGCACCCCACACCCCCUAAGACACUCCCCACCCUGACACAGUCCCACACAGGCACCCCAGGGGCCCACACAUGUCCCCAGUGUGGGAAGAGUUUCAGGUGUGCAUCAGCCCUGACAACACACCAGCGAACCCAUACAGGAGAGCGGCCAUUCCACUGCUCACAAUGUGGGAAGAAUUUCAGAUCUCUGUCAGCCUUGACUCGACACCAUCGAACCCACACAGGGGAGCGUCCAUACCACUGCUUUCAGUGUGGGAAGAGUUUUAAUCAGUCAACAACUCUUAUACAACACCAGCUAACUCAUACAGGAGAGCACCCAUACCACUGCUCCCAAUGUGAGAAGAGUUUUAGAUCAGCAUCACAUUUGAGUAAACACCGACGAAUUCACACAGGGGAGCGUCCGUACCACUGCUCACAGUGUGGGAAGAGCUUCAGUCAGUCAACUACUCUGACACAACACAAGCAAACUCAUACAGGAGAGCACCCAUACCACUGCUCCCAAUGUGGGAAGAGCUUUCGUCGGCAUGGUACUUUGACAGAACAUCAGCGAACUCACACAGGGGAGCGCCCAUUCCACUGCUCCCAGUGUGGGAAGAGCUUUAGAUCUGCAUCACAUUUGAAUAAACACUGGCGAAUUCACACAGGGGAGCGUCCAUACCAAUGCUCCCAGUGUGGAAAGAGCUUCAGUCAGUCAACUACUCUGACACAACACCAGCGAACUCAUACAGGGGAACGUCCUUAUCACUGCUCCCAGUGUGGGAAGAGCUUUAGUCAGUCAACUACUCUAAUACAGCACCAGCGAACUCAUACAGGAGAGCGGCCAUACCACUGCUCUCAGUGUGGGAAGAGCUUCAUUCGACUGAUUGCUUUGACAGAACACCAGCAAACUCAUACAGUAGCCAUUUCUCCGCUCACAGUGUAGGGAGAACAUCAUUUACAUCAGUAUGUCCACACAAGACAGAAUCCAAUCUAAUCUAAUCAAAGACAGAUGAUGAUUCAGCAGUGAUUUUCCACAGUGCAAAUUUUAAUUGAGUGAAAGCAAUUUUUACACACUGCAGAGCCAAUUCCAGAAAUUUUUAACAUUCAUUCAUGAGA